AUGAAGGAAGAGAAGAUCAAAGCUCUGGAGCUGCAUUAUUUUUCCGACGCCAGCCAAACUGGUUAUGGAGUGGCAGUUUACCUUCGGGUAGUGUACGAGAAUAUAGCACCACACGUAAAAUUCGUGUUAGGCAAGGCCAGGGUAACACCCUUAAAUAGAAAAAUUACAAUACCUCGACUGGAGCUGUCAGCAGCGGUGGUGUCAGCUAGGUUGUCUUCAUACCUGCAACGAGAGCUAAGAUGUGGCAUGACAAAGCAGUUUUUCUGGGUAGAUAGUAAUGUAGUCCUGGGAUAUAUAAAUAAUGAAACCAAACGUUUCCACACUUAUGUGGCAAAUCGGGCUCAAACCAUCAGAGAUCUAACCGAUAUCAAUCAGUGGAGGUACAUUCGAUCGGAGGACAAUCCCAGUGACGAUGGCAGCCGUGGACUAACGGCUAAGAAGUUGAGUCUUAAUUCAAGGUGGAUAAAUGGUCCACCAUUUCUGUGGGAAAAGGAGUUUGUUCCACAAGUGGAUCAAGAUAUUUGCUAUGAGGCCAGUGAUGUCGCCGACAUUAAGAAAGAAAUGAAGAGUAAUGUAACUAGCCUACUUACAAAAGCAAAGGAAGAUGAUGGGAUUUUGAAACGCUUUGAAAGAUUUUCCUGUUGGUAUAAAGCCACACGUGCAGCAGCAAAUUGUUUAAGAUUUUAA